AUGUUCGCCCGCCAGCACGACGAGGCUGCGGUGUCAGAUCAGUGAAAUAGAAAAGUGAUGGACUUUGUCCUGUCCAAAGGAUAGAAGACACCUGUGCUCCUGCUUCUGAAUGCUGCAGACACACGGUCCUAACCGGCGCUUACCGUCAGCCGUGGAUGCUGCGUCGAAGGAUGGGAUACUCCGACCCGUCGUCGGGUAAAGAUUUGCUCGGCAACAGAUCUCUAUGUUUCAUAUUUAUUUGCGCAUUUGGACUUGUCACACUACUGCAGCAGAUUCUUUAUGGGAAAAAUUACAUCAAGAGUGCGCAACAGUUUAGCCGACUCAAAGGAGACGAAACAGGAAAUUGGACCGGUCCCAUUAAUUUCUCGGAAGAUGGAUCACUGAAGCCUGCCAGAAAUGGAAGGAAAAGAUGUUUCCGUCAGAAUUUUCAGCCAGAUUCACAGAUCUCCAUAAUAGUCACACCCUGCCUAGCUGAUAUUAAGAAGAAAAAAAUACGCACUCAAAGGUAUCUGGAAACAUACGAGGGCUCCUAUGACUACAACUCCACUGUGUGUAGGGAGCUCAGACAGGAAAUUAUGGAUGUCAAAGUCCUGACAAUGGUGAAAACCUCAGAGUUGUUUGAGAGGUGGCGAAACUUGCAACUGUGUAGGUGGGAGCAGAACAAAGAGGAGACCAGUAACUUUAAGAUGUCUCUGUCUCGCUGCUGUAAUGCUCCUUCCUUUCUAUUCACGACCAAGAGGAACACCCCAGCAGGGACCAAGCUGAGGUACGAAGUGGACACCAGUGGCAUCCUUCCCAUUACCACCGAGGUCUUCAAGAUGUUCCCAGAUGAUAUGCCGUACUCCAAAUCACAGUACAAGAAAUGUGCUGUCAUCGGAAAUGGCGGCAUCAUCAAGAACAGCAAAUGUGGGAAGGAAAUUGACUCGUCAGAUUUUGUAUUUAGAUGCAACAUUCCACCAAUCAAUGAGAAGUUCACAGCUGACGUUGGUACCAAAACAGAUCUGGUUACAAUAAAUCCAAGUAUUAUUACUGAGAGAUUUCAGAAGCUGGAGAAAUGGCGACGGCCAUUUUACGAAGUCCUCCAGAACUAUGAGAACUCCUCAGUGGUUCUUCCCGCCUUCUACAACACCCGCAACACUGACGUGUCCUUCAGAGUCAAAUACAUGCUGGAUGACUUCGACUCCCAGAGAGGCGUGUUCUUUUUCCACCCGCAGUACCUGCUGAACGUGCAGCGGUUCUGGGCGGUUCAGGGUGUCCGGGCCAAACGGCUCAGCAGCGGCCUGAUGCUUGUGACCGCUGCCUUGGAGAUGUGCGAGGAGGUCCACCUCUAUGGAUUCUGGGCGUUUCCCAUGAACCCCUCUGGCGUCUUCAUCACUCACCAUUACUAUGACAACGUGAAACCACGGCCGGGCUUCCACGCUAUGCCCCACGAGAUCUUCAACUUCAUUCACAUGCAUACGCGUGGUAUCAUUAACGUGCACACAGGGUCGUGCACGUAAUCCCUUACCCCUUGGUUAUUUUUUUCCUGUUGAAGAAGAGGUUUGGUUUUCGGGGUGCACACUUCUGUGCUGGCUCUAAUUCCUUUACCUGUUAAAGGUCGCUUGCUUUAAUUGCAAUAUUUCUCUUCAUGACGUGUUACUAUUUUAAAGAACAAAUCACGAUGGUUAGCUGUGACUUCCUAACCAUUAAGAUGCUUGUUUUAAUGUGAAAAGUGGUCUUCAUAGUGAUAUUGUUUCUGUGAAUUUUUUAGUGGUGCUGCUGUACAGAAGCUUUGUUUUCUACUGAACGCUGCACAGAUAUUUACUCUGGAACCGGGCCGCAGUGGGCAUCUGUCUCUGAGACAUUCUUUGUGUCUUGUGAUUCCUUUCUGUCACACACUCUGUGGAUGUGACAGCUUUAAAAAUUUGUGUAUAAACAAACCUGAAUCUUGUUAUUUUUUUUAAAAAUUGAACCUAAAAAUGAUUUUAAAAAUUUAAACAUUCAGUUGUUUACUUUUAUAAUCUAUUUCCCAUUCAUGCAGUGAAUUAUACUUGGUGAGCA